AGAGGGGCAACGCCUUGUUUCAUAUAAAUGUUAGAUCUGGAUUCGACAAAUGCAUUCAACCGACAUCCUAAGAACACGAUGAGGGCAUUCAAAGCUUGCGUCCUUUUUUCCUUGGUGGCCGUCAUCUCUUGCGGUGACGUCAAGAAGGAAAAAAGAGGUCUCCUUGGUUUAGGAUAUGGAUAUGGCUCCGGAAUUGGUCAUUUAGGAUCAGGCAGCCUAGCUCUUUCAUCAGGAUAUGGAAUUGGAGGAGGAUUAGGACUAAGCAGUGGUCUAGGCUUAGCUGGAGGUAGUCUUGCCAUUUCAGGAGGCCCAGGCCUUGGAGGAGUAGCCUUUUCAGGCUCAGGCCUUGGAGGAGCAGGCUUAGGAGGUCCAGGAAUCGCUGUGGGAGGAAACACUCAUACCGUCACCACCAUAAAUCGUGCCGUACCCGUUCCAGUACCACAACCGGUAGGCGUACCCGUUGAUCGUCCUGUACCAGUUCCGGUUCCUCAACCUUACCCUGUGAACGUACCUCGUCCAUAUCCAGUAGCAGUGCCACAACCAUAUCCCGUUACAGUAACCCGAACAGUACCUGUUGAAGUUCCACGUCCAGUACCAGUACCACAUCCAGUUCCUGUUCCAGUAUCGGUACCAAGACCAGUACCUGUUUCUGUGCCCCAUCCUGUAGCCGUACCUGUGCCACAACCCUACCCUGUCGCUGUUUCUGCUCCCGUUGCUGUAGGAUCCGCGGUGGGAAUUGGUGGAUUUGGAGGAGUUGGUGGUCUUGGAGGAUUUGGUGGACCUGGAGGAGUUGGUGGAUUUGGAUUGGGACACGGUGGUAGUUUAGGAAUCAGAGGUUCUUCUUUGGGAUAUGGAUUGGGUGCGGCUGUUAUUGGCGGUGGACAUGGUUUGGGAACGGGACAUGGACCUAUUCUAUCAAAGGGUUGGUGAACAAAUUUGAAU